GAGGGAGGGUGAAAGAUGGCGGAAGUUGAGAAACGUCAGCGUGGAGAGAAAGACGAGCGGCGCGCGGAGUAACGGGAUGUGAGAGGAGAGAGAGAAAGAGAGAGAGAGAGACCCUGGGAUGGCGGACGAAACCUUGACGCUGUUAAUCAAGCUGCUCGCUGCGGCUUUUUACGGCGUGAGUUCUUUCCUAAUAGUUGUGAUAAACAAAAGCGUCCUAACCAACUACAGGUUUCCUUCAUCGCUAUGUCUUGGCAUCGGGCAGAUGUUGGCCACAGUGUUGGUGCUGUGGACCGGAAAGGCUCUGCGGGUGAUCACCUUCCCCGGGUGGGAGCUCAACAUCCUCAGCAAGACCUUUCCUCUACCUCUUCUAUAUGUAGGCAAUCAAGUAACUGGACUCUUUGGAACGAAAAGGCUAAAUUUGCCGAUGUUUACGGUGUUGAGGAGGUUCUCCAUUCUCUUCACCAUGCUGGCCGAGGGCUUCUUGUUGAAGAAGAAAUUCUCAUGGCCGGUUCAGCUCACUGUUUUCACAAUGAUCUUCGGGGCUUUUGUGGCUGCAAGCGCCGACCUGUCCUUUGACCUGCAGGGUUAUGUGUUCAUCUUAAUGAAUGACGUCUUAACUGCUGCUAAUGGAGCCUUUGUCAAACAGAAGUUGGACUCUAAGGAGCUGGGAAAGUAUGGUCUACUCUAUUACAACGCUUUAUUUAUGAUCCUGCCUACACUCCUUUUGGCACAUGUCACUGGAGACAUGGACAAGGCCCUGGAUUACGAUGGCUGGUCAGAUACACUCUUUGUAGGACAGUUCAUCAUGUCCUGCAUAAUGGGAUUUAUCCUGAUGUACUCCACCGUGCUCUGCACUCAGUACAACUCGGCUUUAACGACUACCAUCGUCGGCUGCCUGAAAAAUAUAUUAGUGACUUACAUUGGAAUGGUGUUCGGAGGGGAUUAUAUUUUCUCCUGGACUAACUUCAUAGGUCUGAACAUCAGUAUUGCUGGUAGUCUGGUGUACUCUUACAUAACGUUCACUGAGGAACAGAGCAGCAAACAGGGCGAGAGCAUCAACAAGCUGGAGGUGAAGGGGAAAGUGGCUGUAUGAGCAGCACUUCAGCUCAAGGCUAUCAUUCAGUGUUUUAACUUCGAGUGCGCCAGAACGUGAAGAGCAAAACACAACAGGAUUGAUGUACGAACAUCGCCUGUGAACCCAGCAAGAAAAGACACGUCAAGCUGCCAAUCGUGGGACGCCAUCGUCGCAAAAGAAGGACAACAUUGGACACGUCAAUUAUUUAUCGUCCAGCUAUAUCUCUAUAGAGUAAAAACUAUUCUACUAUAGAGUAAAGAAAAACAUAUGUUUAUUGGAGGUCUAGACUGUAUUUUGAAACAAUACUGUUUUCUUUUUCUUUUUUAAGGUACAUUCAACUUGAAUUUCUAUAUUUUCUUAUGAACAGUAUGAUUUGUCAUUUAUGGCAGUAUUAUGCCGUUUUUGUUUCCAUGAAUGUGCCAUACUUUGCUAUUUUACGUCAGCAUUUUAUGUUAGUAAUAGGCUAAUGAUAUGUUUUAUGUUUGUUUUUUGUUUUUUUUUCUCCCCUCAGUAUUAGAAAUGUCGGUGUAGACAUUCCAUCUGCUAGGAUCAUGUAGUGCUUGUGUUACCUUCUAAAGUGAACAACGCAAUACUCGCACUUUAAACAGUUCACAGGUACUUUUUAUUUCACGAUGAACGACGAGGAAGUGUUUACGGUAGGUUAGUGGAAAAAAGCAAAGAAAAAGACGUAACUCAAAUUUUCCAUUGUAUUUAGAACUGCAUUCGGGUUGUCGAGAGGAAAAGAAAAGAUGUACGUCUUGCGUACGUCAGCGUUAAUAUCAUUGGUACUUUUUGACCGAGUCAAAAUGUGAAGACGAGUUCAAUCAAUGCUAUCUAGAUGUUAUACAUCUGGAAUCUUCAGUAAUUUGGCUGUAUCCAGUCCGUAUAUAUAUGUAUAUGUAUGUGUAUAUAUGUAUAUAUGUAUAUAUAAUGUGUGUAUAUAUAUAUAUAUACAUAUACAUAUAUAUAUUUUUGUCUGCAAGAAAGAUAGAACAUUUAAAUAUAAAACAUUUAUCACACAGUCGAGUUUUUCUGUCCCUCAGAGGAAUGAUCGUCUUUCAAGACAUAGAUGUUUCUGUUCAUUUUGUGUUCUUUUUCUCAGUCAAGGUUAUUCAUAGAGCACUGAAAGCAUUAAGACAUGGACACAGCUUGUAUUUUUUUUAUUUUUCCUUUAGAUAUUGUUUCUUUUUUACUGCUUUUCUUUUUUAUUAUUAUUAUUAUUAUUUCUUUCAUAUGAACAAGAGCUCAGUGACUGUAGCAGUGCAAAAGAAAAUAAAUCUGAGCUUGCAUGUAUGUUAUUAAAAUACCUCAGUUUUCCUAUCGGUUGGAUUUUGGUCACUUUUCUUCAGACAACUGCUGUUUUCUGGAGUAACUAAUGAGACAAAAAUACAAGGCAAUACAUCAGUCUUAUGGGGUUUUCUGCUUAGUGUGUACUUCAGCAUCUGGUGCAGGUGUACAUGUUUAUUUGCCCUGCCUUUUUAUGUAAAGACAAUAAGGAAAUGUGCAAUAUUACAUGUUGUAUCAUUUCAUAUUGCUUUGUUGUUUUUCUUCUUCUUCAGAGGUGGUUUUAUAGUUGCUACCUGCUAACUUAUUGUCCCAAUAAUUUCAAGUCCAAUCUUACCUGUUAGUUGGAGAUCUGAUCAUGUCAUGUAUAAUGUAAACUGUUGAGUAAUUGCAGCAAAUCCAACAAGGCUUUAGUCCUAAUCAUCUACAUCCCAUGUUACUUGUUCAAUUCAGGUCUAAUAAUUUUACGCCCAGGGGAAUAUGCCAUAUAAGUACAGCUCCAAGGACUAAGAGCCUGAGCCUGGGUCUGUAUGGAUUUGUUUUGUUUUAUAUUAUUUCCUUUUGGAUUCUCUAGUUUCCUUGCAUGCCUGUAGGAGUGAAUGAGGGUGUCAUUUCCAGGGUGUAUUUCUACACUAUAUUGCCAGAGGUUUUGGGACACCCAAAAAGGUUUUGGGACACUCCAAAUCAUGGAAUUCAUGGGUUGGGCUCGGCCCCUUAGUUCCAGUGAAAGGAACUCUUAAUGCUUCAGCAUACCAAGACAUUUUGGACAAUUUCAUGCUCCUAAUUUAGGAACAGUUUGGGGAUGACCCCUUCCUGUAAGCCAGGCCAAAACUGGGAUGUCUUCCUUUACAUGCACAUGAAUGUAAUAUAGAGUUGGCCUGUCCCUUUGCAGCUAUAACAGCUUCAACUCUUCUGGGAAGACUUUCCACAAGGUUUAGGAGUGUGUUUAUGGGAAUUUUUGACCAAUCCUCUAGAAGCGCAUUUGUGAGGUCGGGCACUGAUGCUGGAUGAGAAGGCCUGGCUCACAGUCUCCGCUAUAUUUCAUCCCAAAGGUGUUCUAUCAGGUUGAGGUCAGGACUCUGUACAGGCCAGUCAAGUUCCACCACACCAAACUCUCAUCCAUGUCUUUAUGGACCUUGCUUUGUUCAGUCAUGUUGGAACAGGAAGGGGUCAUCCCCAAACUGUUCCCACAAAGUUGGGAGCAUGAAAUUGUCCAAAAUGUCUUGGUAUGCUGAAGCAUUAGGAGUUCCUCUCAGUGGAACUAAGGGACCGAGCCCAACCCCUGAAAAACAACACCUGAAUUUAAUGAUUUUGGAGGGGUGUCCCAAAACUUUUGCCAAUAUAGUGUACUUCAUACCCAGGGAUCCGGGGACUGGUGACAGAUUCACUGAGAACAGGAUUUCUAAUCUGUCUGUUAUCCAUUUUUACUUCAUCUUUUAUCAAGAAAAAAUAAAUUGUACUCGCAUUUUUAAUUAAUAAA